AUGAAUUCCUCAACUCGCCAUGGGUUCGCGCGCGGGAGCUCCUCAACCAACUCCGCCGUCCCACCGUUCCCAUUGCGAUCCGCCAACCUAGCUCGAUCCAACGCGUCCCCCUUAAAAGCGGCGGCGCACACCCGUGUCUCCCUCUCGGCCAACCACCCCACCCCCGCCCCCGCCCUAGCCCCGAACCCUCCUGGCGCCGGCCCCGCGCGUGCAGAUGUCCCUGAUGGCAAGCUUAAGCAAUCGUCAAAUCGCAGUGAUGGAGCCGGAUCCGGUCGCCGCUGGGGCAUCCUCCUCGCCGCCGCUUUCACCAGCGCCGACCACGUCCCCGUCGUGCUGGCGUGGUGUGCGUCUUCGCCUCAAACGACCUGGCGUUUGGUUGAAUGGGAUUUCUUCCUAAACCUCAUAGCACCAGUCGCUUCUCGAGUUCCCUACAUGACCACUAUUGGUAAUCAUGAAAGGGAUUAUGCCGAGACUGGUUCUGUAUAUGUGACCCCAGAUUCAGGUGGCGAAUGUGAAGUUGCAUAUGAGUCAUAUUUCUGCAUGCCAGCUGUUAGUAAGGAUAAGCCAUGGUAUUCAAUUGAGCAAGGGAGCGUUCACUUUGUCGUGAUGUCAACUGAGCAUAAGUGGUCAGAGAUGUCGGAGCAGUACAAAUGGAUGAAUCAAGAUUUGUCAUCAGUCAAUAGAUCGAGGACACCGUGGAUAAUUUUCAUUGGGCAUAGACCGAUGUACUCAUCCCAUGUCGGAAUUCCAGUUAAUGUAGAUCUAACAUUUGUAGCCUCCGUUGAGCCACUCUUGCUCAAGCACCAGGUGGAUUUGGUUUUCUUUGGCCAUGUACACAACUAUGAGAGGACUUGUGCAGUAUACAAGAAUAGAUGCAAAGGCAAGCCAAAGAAGGAUGCAAGUGGAAUUGAUACUUAUGACAAAUGCAAAUAUACUGCACCCGUUCAUGCCACUGUUAGAGCUGGAGGAUUUAGCUUGGACAAGUUCCCUAGGAUUGUGUUGAACAAGUGGAGCUUAUCAAGAGUUUCAGAAUUCGGGUAUGCCAGGGUGCAUGCCACAAGAGGUGAUAUGCUGGUUCAGUUUGUAAGCUCAAGAACGAUGGAGGUUUUGGACCAAUUUAGAAUUGUGAAGCCUGAUCCGGCAAGGAGGCUACGGAACAAGCCAGUUUAACCAUAGUUGUAGUGCAUGCAAAAG